AUGUUCCCCAAGACCAUCCUCAUUUCAAAUCUCGUGCUCGCAUUGAGUGUUGUGGCUACACCUGCCACUAUUCGUGACUCGCCUGUCACCGUCUCCUUCGCGAAGCAGGUCAACAUAUCUGGCCCUGGGCACAUCGUGCAACAAGAUCAAGCUCGCCUCAAACACCUUCUCUCAAAAGCUGGAUCUCCUGCCACCUACUACGAUGUGAUCGUAGACACGGGCAGCUCGAACACAUGGGUCGGUGCUAAUAAAGCCUUCGUCCCCACUUCGACGUCUGUCAACACUACCCAGCCAAUUUCUGUAGGUUAUGGGUCAGGUGGCUUCAACGGGAGCGAAUUCUAUGAUACGGUCACUCUUUCGGAUUCGUUGGUCAUCAAGAACCAAAGUAUUGGUGUCGCCAGCAUAUGGGGCGGAUUCGAGGACAGUGUGAACGGUAUUCUUGGCCUCGGACCUGUUGGUCUGACCAACGGUACGCUCGUGGGAGUCUACGAAGAGAUUCCUACAGUGACGGACAACCUGAAAUCUCAGGGAACUAUCACGGGACAGUCGGUCUCGGUGUCCUUCCAGCCCACGACAACAAACACGUCCAUUAACGGGGAGCUGACCUUCGGUGGUACAUCUUCCGACAAGUUUACCGGCAACAUAACCUACACCCCGCUGACGGAUAGCUUCCCUGCCUCCGAAUACUGGGGUAUCAACCAGACUGUUUCGUACGGGACGACUGAGAUCAUGGCUAGCGAUGCAGGAAUCGUUGACACUGGUACAACUCUUGUGUACCUCCCUUCAGAUGCCUUCGAGAGCUACAUCAAUUCCACGGGCGGUGUGCUUGAUGAUGCGACUGGCCUGUACUCGAUCACACCGUCGCAGUACGCUGCGCUGGAUACGCUCAACUUCAACAUUGGUGGUACUACCUUUGGGCUCACACCGAACGCACAGAUCUGGCCGCGUUCCCUCAAUUCAUUCCUCGGCGGGUCAACAGACGCGAUCUACUUGAUCGUCGGCAACAUGGGUGUUCCCAGUGGAUCAGGAUUCGAUUUUAUAAAUGGGCAGGUAUUCUUGGAGAGGUUUUACACUGUGUUUGACACCACGAACCAGCGUUUCGGGAUUGCUACCACGAACUACACUACUUCGACGACUAAUUAG